CCACGUCUCCUUUUGUCGUCUCCAUUUGUUGCCGAAGUUUUUGUCAUUUUAUUCCGUUUCUCGCGGAAUAACUCCGGCGGUAUCUACCGUGCGCCGGCGGGGACGGCCGUAGAACGUGAGCGCAUGGCGUCGGCGGCGGAGGACAAGUACAAUCGGAAGAACCCGGCGGUGAAGCGGAUCCUUCAGGAGGUGAAGGAGAUGCAAUCCAACCCCUCCGAAGAUUUCAUGAGCCUCCCCCUCGAGGAGAAUAUAUUUGAGUGGCAAUUUGCCAUCCUUGGUCCUCGUGAUUCUGAGUUUGAGGGUGGAAUCUAUCAUGGGAGGAUCCAGCUUCCUGCAGACUACCCGUUUAAUCCUCCUUCCUUUAUGAUGCUAACUCCAAAUGGUCGAUUUGAAACCCAGACAAAGAUAUGCCUAAGCAUAUCAAAUCAUCACCCCGAGCACUGGCAACCAUCAUGGAGUGGUAUGUUUAGUAGUUGGGAGAUGCCUAAGCUUUCUUUAUUGUCAAUUGAUUAUGGCUUCAUAGUUUUGCAUAUUGUCCUCUUUCAUCUUCAUUUAAAUAUAUGAUGUAAUGUAUCUGUGGAAUUUUACAUUAGCGGAUAUUACCUUUACAUUGUGAAUCAUCCUAGAAUUUGGAUGGGUCAUGAAAACAGAGGUGGAAGUAGAACUUUGGACAGAUGGCUAAGCCAGAUUCUUAGCUUUCAAUAAGUUCAAGCCCAUAUAUUGCUAGGUUCUCCAGGAAGUCUAAACCUUGAUUUGUUGUGGUUUAUGAACUCUUCAUUUCUUUCUUUCUUAUAAAUUUCUUGUAUAAGCACUGAUUUUUAUCUUCUUCCAUCAAACAAGAAGAUUAUAGUCAUUUUAUAGUCAUCUUGUCCAUCAUAUUUCCUCCUAGAUACUUUUGAUGAGAGAUUAUUAGUACCUUACUACAUAGAUGCUCUCUUUAUUCCUAUUCGUCAUGCAUCUCAAGAACCUAAUGCUAGGAAUUCUGUUAUAUUUUCUGAUUAUGUAU